AUGUCGCUUCAAUCUCGAAUCGAUGCUUUGCUCGAGUCUUUCGGCCCUCCACCUCCUCCUCCGCGAGGCAUACCCUUCCCUCAGCUCUACCCUAUUGUGAUGGACUGGCGAUUUCCUCUUUCUGUUGCUGUUGCAUAUAUUCUCUCCAUUCUCGCUCUCAAUCCAAAAUCAUCCGCUGUUUCACGUGUGGUAGCCAAAUCAAAAGGAUUAAACACAGCAUACACAAGCAAGCAAAGUGGAAAACGAAUGACUGCAUUCGUUUUCGUACACAAUGCAUUCUUGUUUUUGUAUUCUGGGAUCACGUUUUAUAAUUCCUUUGGUGCGCUUUCCAAACGACAUAGAACGGCCGAAAGCUGGACUGAGGCAUUCUGCGAUCACGGAAAGGUUUGCUGGAACGAAGCAUUUGGCUAUUGGGCAUAUUUGUUCUAUCUUUCAAAAUAUUACGAGAUAGUCGAUACAAUCAUAAUCCUCGCUAAGGGUCGUCGUUCUUCCUUCCUUCAGUCAUACCACCACGCGGGAGCCAUAAUCACAAUGUGGAUAGCUACAAAAUAUGCAACGCCUGCAGUUUGGAUUUUCGUUCUAUUCAACUCGUUUAUCCACACAAUCAUGUACUUUUACUACGCACUCACCUCAGUUGGAUUCUCUCCACCUGGGAAACAGUACUUGACAACGGCUCAGAUUCUGCAAUUCGCAGUUGGAAGUACGAUUUCGUUUCUGUAUUUUGUCAUACCUGGAUGUAUGAGUGCUGGUCAAAGGUUCAGUGCGGUCGUGACCCUACUUUAUAUCGGUCCGUUGCUUUAUCUGUUCUUUGAUUUUGCACUUAGAACUUACGGAAAGGGUAAGAGAUUCAGUAAAGCAGAUGCCAAGACAGCUGUUAAUGGAAAGGUUAUGAGCAAUGGCAUGAGCAAUGGCAUGAGUAAUGGCAAGAGCAAUGGCAUGAGUAAUGGCAAGAGCAAUGGCAUGAGUAAUGGCAUGACUAAUAGAAGAAGUAUUUUUAAUGCUAAUCGUAUGUUUAGUUGGUAA